UGUGCAGCUAGUAGCAGCAUCAGCCAACAAACCAAGCUGAUCGAGCUUGCCAAUACAUCAGAACCAGAGCUAAGCCGCACCUAGCAAUGGUGCGGAAGCCGAGCCAUGGCGACACCACCAGCGCCGGCAACGGGGGCACGGAAGCGAUGAAGGAGAGGAAGGGGCUGUGGUCGCCGGAGGAGGACGAGCGCCUCUUCAUCCAGAUCACCUACCACGGCGUCUCCACCUGGAGCUCCGUCGCGCAGCUUGCAAGGCUGAGGAGGAGCGGCAAGAGCUGCCGGCUGCGGUGGAUGAACUACCUGCGCCCGGACCUGAAGAAGGAGCCCAUCUCCAAGCGCGAGGAGGAGAUCAUCAUCUCCCUGCAGCAGUCUAUAGGCAACCGGUGGUCGACUAUCGCGGCGACGAUGCCGGGCAGGACGGACAACGAGAUCAAGAACUACUGGAACUCCCGCAUCAGGAAGCGCCUGAACGCCGCCGCCAAGGCUGGCCGCGACGACGGUGCCAGCACCAAGCCAGCGCCGGCCUCCGAAGAGAAGUUGGAAGUGGAAGCAACCAACAAUGCGGACACCGAAGCGGGGCCUGUGCCCAUACCCGAGCGUUUCCCGGUGUUCGCGUGCCAGCUGAUCGACGGAGGAAUCGCCGGCGGCGGCGGCAGCGGAGAGAACACCCCGUCGACUACGAGCAGCACGCAGCAGAACUCCGGUGAGGAGAGCGAGGCUAGCGUCGGCGACAGCAACAUGAUCCAUUUCAUCUCGUUCGAUGAUCUCGAUUACCCAGCUGAUUUGCUCAUGGAUUUACCGGGGGCCAUGGACGCAUGGGAGUGAUCUGUACCCUUCAAAUUCUACGAGCUCGUUCAAUUGAUCCAGCAUCAUUACAGCCAAGUGCCAACAAUCAUCGCGUAGCAUAUCAUAGGUACUAUGAGUUAUGAUGUAUGCGUGAAAUUCUCGCUACUAGUGUUUAAGUCAAUGAAUGUUCAUGCUUGAUUUAUCAUGUAUGAGCUGAAUUGAAUUAGGAGGACAAGAUCAGUAGCCAACUGUCGGUGUGGUAAAAAUCGUACUUGUCAUUUACAUUCUUUUAGAUGAGUUUUUUUUUGGUAAAAGAUACUAUUGUAAGUACCUAGCUACCUUGU